AUGAUCCUGGAAACGUUCUCCAUGAUACCAAACGUUUUCCUUCGUCGUCGUAAUUCAUCCGUGAAACCGUUGCAUCGUAUGGAACCAUUUGUUUUCUUUGGCAUGGAAUUGAAUCUUGCGUUAUGGGCUGCGAGAUUGUUUUUCGGACAAUUUCAUCCAUUGAUGGGUGUUGAAAUUUCCAGUUGUGAAAUUAUUAUCCGAACGUGGGCAGAUUUAGCGUGUUACUUCGAGAGAAUCGAUGAUCCUGUUUUUGCGAAGCGAAAAAAGCACACGCAGUCGGAAAAUCUGCGGAAUUUCUUGGCCGCCGACGAGACUAAGAGUCGAGAACAAUUGGAGCGGUUGCAGAUGGGGAAGAAUUUGUUUGGGGUAGCCAUGGGUGACCCUUUAGAUGGAGUUGGAGCGACAUCCAGUAGUCGGCAGGUGCUUCAAGCUGCUCGCAGGAAACCGAAAGGGAAAGGCGACAAAGGUGCGAACGCGUCGGUGAAAGCAGAGAAUCUCCCCAUCAUCCCCACGACCGUCUUCACCACUCCUCUCCUUUGCGGCGGCGAAGUCAUGGACAUGAGUCGGCACAUGGACCCUCCGACAGCAUUCAUAUCUCUGCCGGACGGGACGCCAUUGGGCGCCAUCGGAUCACGCGGCGCGCAAUUCGUGCUCUCGCCUCGCCCCGAAGAUUCUCCUGGCGCCGUGUCGAGGACGACGGGCGCCACCGCCUCCGCUUCUGCUGCUGCCGUCGUCAGCACCGGCACUGAGUCCCUUGAUCAGAUACUCGAGUCCAUUCUCACGUAUGGCGGGGAGACUGUGGAAGUGCCGAUUAGUCAGUACAGCAUGGUGCAGGGGGCUGUUGGCUACGUACAGGAGAUGCAAUUGGCCGACAGCGAACAGCUCCAGUUGAAUUCCACGGAGCUGGUGGGGAAUAUUCAUCUGGAUCCCUUGGAGGACGCUGCGAAUCAGAUGGUGCGUUUCGUGUCUGUGGAAAUGAACAUGCUGAACCAACAGGCGGAAGUGACGUUCGACACGGGACUCGAAGGGCUCACCAGUUUAUCGCUCAACAGUCCGAACCUGGAGUACCACGAGGAAAAGCAAGCAGUGACUAACAAUAUGAUAAAUCCGGAAUCGAUUUCCAAUUUUUCCCGGCGAAAUCCCGGUCGUGUCAUUUUCCCGAAGGCCCCUACGGCUGCUUUACAAAUGACCGAGUACAAAUGCACGGGUUGUCAGCGAGUUUUUCCCGGUCGAAGAGAUUUUUUGAACCAUCUGGACGAAAAGCCGCCCUGCUGGCAGCGAAGCGGAGGAGCAAAACAGCGAUUUCGGUGUCGUUGGUGCAAUGCGGUAUUCCUGAGUAUUGAGCUGGUGUCGAAGCAUUUGAACGAAGGUCUUUGUCCGGAAGGUGGACAACGUUUGCUGAACGCUUCGUCGUCGCAAAAGUCGCAGUCCGAUGCGUCCUCAUCGACGGGACCCCAGAAUCAGCGGAAACCAUCUUCGCGGAUUCACGGUGAUGACCAAGUUACGAUCGAUCAGACAUGCGAUGAUGCGGAAAUCGAGUGUCCGAUGUGUCCCAGCACUUUUUCAUCGAUACUUUUGUUGGAAUGCCACAUCAUCGACAAGCAUAAUGUUACGUCGACUGCGCGCGUGAAGGACCUUUUGAAAGGCGUUGCUGUUACUCGCGGGAAGCCUGAUCCAGAUUUGCCUUCGGAAGAGAGAGUCUUCCAUGAGGAUCCAAUGAAUUGCUAUGAUUGCAUUACUGGAAUGUUCGGUUGUUCGAUAUGCAAGGGAACGUUCAGCACGAGUGUCGCACUAUCGAAGCAUCUCCUGCAGUCGCAUCAAGUCGUGUUCGCUUUCCUGUGCCGACACUGCGGUCUCGGUUCGUCACAAGAAGAGAAAAUCGGAGAGCACGAGAAGGUAUGUGGCGAGAGGAAAGACAGUGACAGUAGUAGUGCAACAUCGCCAGCACCAGCAGCACCUCCGCCGGUGGUGGCCGUGAACAAAUCGUCGAAGAAAUCCAAGAAACCGAUUGAAGUGGACUCUCUCGCUGGACUCACUGUUUCGUACGACAGCAAGAAGAAGCUGUAUCGGUGUGACACGUGCGGGAAAGAAGCUGACUCUUCCGCGCGAAUCCGGAGUCAUUUCCGCGCACAUUUGCAAACUAAGCAGGUCAAGUGCCGGUUUUGUCCGAGAUUCUUUUCUCAUGUUAGUAAUCGAGUGGCACAUGAACGCAUUCACUGGAAGCCCGGUGAGAUCCGAUGUCAGCACUGCACCUCCGUGUUCACCGAUCCCGAAAAACAUGCCGAACAUCUGAAGGUUAGUGUGGGUUACGGUUCUUUCUCUGGAGCUAUUAUGAAGUGUCAUUUUCAUUUGGUUCGAGGCAUGAUUAUUUUAAAGAGCAAUGAGUUGCUCAUCUCGCAUCUCGAGAAAUUUCAUCGCACCACGGAGGCGGACAACACUCCGAAGCCGAAACGCGUCGAACUUGAAUGUGACGUUUGCCAAGCGCUGUUCACGGAUGAAGCUGCCUACACCGAACACAUUCUCGAACACAAGCAAAUUCCGAAAACCCCAGAGCAGGUCAAGGCAUCGAAAAGCGAUGGUGAGCAAUCAGAACGGAGUAGUCCCGAGAAGAAACCUAGGCCGGGCCAGAUGGCUGCGAAACGCCCGCGCAGCAUUUUCCAGAAGCUGGACGACCCUUUGAAACAAGCCAAUGUAGAAAGGGAAUAUACGUUUGGAAAAUAUUCAAAGGUGGAUGCCACGUGGCUGUGUUUGCUGUGUGAACGAAUCUUCCCUGAGCCCAAGUUGUUUGUGUGUCACGUGAGGAGGCAUUUGGGGGAAAAACCGUUCAAGUGUAAGAUUUGCUCGCGGGGUUUCGAAGACUUGGCGAUGCUGCAAAUUCACGAGAAGUCGCACGCGAGUGGAGACGCGAAACGCGGGUGUCGACAAUGUGGCGCUAUGUUCACGUCGGAGGAGGUGCUUUUACGGCAUGAACUCGAGCACAAGCUUCCUCAACGAGACGCUCCGAAGCCGUAUUUCGAGCCGAAAACUGGGACAAAUGUUCGCAAAGGAAAAGAGGAAAAAUUGAAAGCAGUUCGCUCCACUCCGAAAAAGGUCGAGGCAUCGUCGAACAAGUGUCCUCAUUGUCGGCAACGCUUCGACAAUAUCCGAGCACUGUCGAACCAUUUCACGCAACAACACGUUCUGCACGCUUCUUCCACGGUCUUGAAGUGCGAUAAGCAGUAUAAUUGCAAAUUCUGCCCGGAGGAGUUUUUGGCGCUACAUGAGCUCGUUGUACACGCGAACGAGUUCCACGAUGAUCAGCCAGUCGAGAAGUGCGGCUUUGGAUCUAGUGAUCGCGAAAAUUUAUCGAAGAAAGCGAAGAAGCUCGAGCAAAAAAGGAAGAAUGCCGGCGCUUCUUUUGGAACUCCGGAGAGGAAGCAGCUUUUAGAAACCCUGCCGGGAGGCAAUCUUGCGCCAAACACAGUUCUGCUAAAGAUCAAAGAAGAGUCCAAGGAAAUUGAGCAGUACGACGUGGAAUAUUGCAAGCGCUGCGACGUGUCUUACGGCGGCAAGACCCGGCAAUACCACUUGAAUUGCCCGGUGAACUCAACCUCCGAUGCACCCGACACUGCGGAUGGGAAAUGUCCGGACUGCGGUCUCUCGCGCAAGUGUAUGGAAGUGUUGGCGUCUGGCGAGAAGCCGAAAACAUUUCGCGUCAUCGAGGUAUCCUCCAAACGCAUCCGAAAGCCUUCUUUGAAGAUGCUCGACAUGUACGAGAGCGGACUCGUGGCCAACAGGAAAUGGCUUUCUCCGUCUCGCAAAAUCCCGCGGUUGGACGUGGCCUCGGUGGAAACCCAGACCUCGGGUUUGGAAUUUGAAGAAUUGAGUCCCUCGUUUUGUUCCAAAUGCGAACAGAGAUUGGAUGGGUUAUCCAAGGUACGACACGAGAAGGAGUGUAUGGGUGCGGUGAAAUCUAUUCGCGGGCGACAAGAUCCCUUGGCUUCCUGCGCAUCAGUCAUUGAGACCAAUGGGAACGUGGAACCCGCGAUAGAAGGCGUUGUCAUAAAGGAUGAAGUGUUUCCCAUAAGCGAUGAUGAGAUGCUUGUGCGUCCUGUUGAGACUGUUGAUAACUUGAUUGAAGAUAUGGCAGCGACGAGGAGGUUGCAGAAAGAAUUGCAAGAGAUACGAAACAAUGGCGUGAGGUCGUUCCGUGAUCUGAAAGUGGAUGACAGCAACAUUCUCACAUGGCAGGGGCUGAUAGUACCGAGCAAUGCACCCUACAACAAGGGUGCUUUCCGAGUCGAGUUGAUUUUCCCUGCGGAGUAUCCAUUUAAGCCGCCCAGAGUAACGUUCAAGACUCGGAUUUACCAUCCCAACAUCGAUGAAAAGGGGCAGGUGUGUCUACCCAUUAUUGCGGCUGAGAAUUGGAAACCAGCCACAAAAACUGACCAGGUGCUGCAAGCUCUGAUUGCCUUGGUGAAUGACCCAGAGCCUGAGCACCCACUACGUGCUGAUGUUGCAGAAGAAUAUGCAAGGGAUAAGGCCAAGUUCAUGAAGAAUGCGGAGGAUUUUACUCGGAAAUAUUCCGAGAAGCGACCGCAAGAUUGAUUUUGAUUAUGUUUCUCGUGUUUUGAGUAUGUUCCAACCCCUUUGUGCACCGCAAUGUCCAUUAAAAUAAUUUCACAAACGUGUGAAUAA